UAGCGCUUAUAAAUAAAAAUAUAUAUUUGUUUAAUUUAUUUACGUUAAUAAAUUUAAAACAAUUUACAAUGCAAAGUAUUUGGCAUUUGUGAAAUCUGGCUAAAGAAAAUAAAAUACAUAAAACUAAAAUAAAAACAAAUAAAUAAUGGAUGAAUAUAAAGCACAAUUGCUUAUAGUUAAACAAGCCUUGCAAGCAACAAGCAAUGAGGAGCAACGGCUGGAAUUGAUCGCACUACAAACAAAUCUAGAGGAACUCCUGGAACUGACCAGAACAGCUGAAAAUGGAACUCACGAUGCUCCUAAAUCAAGUGAGGACCCAGACAACCUUGACAAUGAAUUUAAGCGUUUUCAGACCGAACUAAAAGACUUGACAGAGGAACCGAGAGAUACAGAAGAUGAGCAGCUGCAAUUAGAAACAUUGCGCAUCAAAUAUAAUGCCAAGUUAGGUGAAAAGUGCUCGGCUCCACAUGAACACAGCUGGGGUGCCUUGAGCUACCACAAUGCACUCAUAUGUGGCGUGGACGACAUGCUAAUUGUGGAUGACAAUGGCGUAUUAGACGUGCGAUUGCGUGUUCUUUUUACGAACCCAACGCAUUGCGAGAUGCUGCCAUGCAAUUAUUACUUGGAAGGCGAGUGCCGAUUUGACGAAGAUCGCUGUCGCUACUCUCAUGGUGCCCUGGUGCCUGGUGCUGCCAUUAGAGAUUACAAUGAACCCGACUUUCACAGACUGGCACGCAAUUGUCCUGUACUGGCCAAAUUGCAGGAUCGCUUAUGGCAUCGCGGACGGGUUCUGUGUGUGAAUUUUGUAGAGCAACAGUGUCGCGUGAGAUUGGAUGGUCAGGAGCACAAAGAACGAGAGCGUGACUUUCCGUUUGAGGAACUUUUUCCACUCAUCACAGAACACGAUGAUGAUGAGUUAUCCAGCGACAGCAGCGACAUGAAUAAAUCUAAUGACAGUGAUGCCGACAAUGACUCCGACCGGGACUUGGAUGACCUAGAAGCAGCGCGUCACGCACGCAUGGUAGAAUUAAGUUUGUUCACAUUCAAACCUACCGAAAAACUCGGAGCUUGGGAGCAGUACACGCGGGGCAUAGGCUCUAAGUUAAUGGCCAAUAUGGGAUACAUACACGGUACAGGUCUUGGAUCGGAUGGGCGUGGCAUUGUUGUACCAGUUAGCGCGCAGAUAUUGCCACAGGGCCGGUCACUAGAUGCCUGCAUGGAGCUUCGUGAGGCAGCAAACGGAGACAAGGACUACUUCAGUGUGGAGCGAAAGCUAAAGCGUGCGGAGCGGCGCCAGCAGGCAGCCAAUGAAAAGGCGUACGACCGUGAGGUCAAGCGCAGCAGUGAUGUCUUUGCUUUUCUCAAUGCCAGCGUGCUGGGUACAAGUGAACAACAUUCCCAUUACCAAAACGAGCACGCCUCCAAGCGCACAAAGAACAACGACCUCCAGCAGCACUCCAAUAAGACGUUGAAUGUAGAGACUGUACGCAUUGCCGAUGACAUACGUCGCAAGCAACGCGACAUUGCCAAAGUGCAGCAGUCCUUAGCGCGUAAUUCCAGCAAUGUCCAGCUGCAGAAGCGUCUACGUGAACAGCUGCAACAGCAACAACAGGAGCUGGCCACGCUUCAAGCACAGGAAAAGAGUGUCAGCAAGGAGCAACAGACACGCAAAAGCAAAAAUAAAAUGUUUGAGUUUUGAAUA